AUGCCGAAAAGUACCACAGAAGAGUACGGAAAAUCUAGUGACAAAGCUAGCAGGAGCUCUGACUGCAGUAGCGUCAGGGUGCCUUUACAUUUUGAUGUCCACAAGCCGGGGUGUCACUUUGAGAGCUGCUGUGGAGUGUGCAAUCUGUUCCCUGGAGUGCUGCUGAUCGCUUUCUGCCAAGUUCUGGCCGGAUCUAUCUUUCUGACGCUCAUUCUCACCCAUGGGAAGCAGUACGAUGAAAUGCAUAAGACUCCUGAGUCGCAGUUCAUGAGCGUGGCGACGGGUACUGUUCUGUGCGGUAUCACGGGAGCUGGUCUGUUGCUCAUCAUCGUAGCCCUCACGGAGAACUGCAGAGCUAUGCUGGUGUACCUUUUGGUGGCCACAUUCAUAUGGAUAGGGAUUGUUGCCCUCGCCGUCACGAAAAUUGGAAGAGCGUGUGUUCGUUUUAAAGAUGCUGCAAAAAUAAAGGAUGAAGAACAUAGACUGUCGAAUUUGGCGUGCGUGAGUGGACUCAUCACCUUCUUUGGAGCUGCUGUGUACUUCUUCUCAUUCAUGGUGGUGCUCAGUUUCUACCACUUUAGGUAUGUGAGGCGCGCCAUCUUGUUGCAUGAGGCGGAAUGCGAAGGGUAA